AUGCUGUUCCGCUCUGGCUUCCGCCAUGGAGCAGCGGUGCAGGCUGCUGGGCUACUGCUGGCUUUGCUCGUGCUGCUGCCGCUGCUACCCGUUGCAGUACUGUUGCUGACGAGGGAGCAACGCCAACUAAACGAACAGCAGCAGCACCAGCAGCAGCACGACGUAGAUCUGGCAGCUGUAGGUGUCCGAACACUGGAGGUACCCCUGUCUAUGCAUCCUGCGGAGAGGCAACAGGAUCAUUCAAGUUCGACUGAAACGGAGACUCCGCCUACGUUCGUGCUGGGGCAGCAAGUGCAAGAGGAGCACCGGGAACUGCAUCAGCCGGAGAAGCAACUGCAGCAGCACUAUGGCCAUCCACUAUGGCACCUUCUGAAGGGAGAAACGACGUCUGAAGCGGAUAAGUCCCAUAAGCAAAAACAGCAGCAGCAGCAGCAACGGCAGCAGCGAGAGGAGACGCCGAGUGGAUGGAUUCCCCAGGGUCUUCUAGGGAAAAGGCCACGAGAUUCCUUGCCUCAAGGACUUGCUGUGUCGGUUCCUGCACCUUCUUCUCCUGCUACGCCUCCUGCUGCUGCGCAUCCUGUUGCUGCUUCUGCGGCCUUGUCGAUACUGCCAGCCGAAUAUCACACAGGUGUCAUGCCCCUAGCUUUAGCCACCAACCCUCCAGCCGCUGCUGCUGCUGUUGCGCCGGGACUUGCAAAAGAGAUUGCAACUGCUGCUUCCCCUCCUGCGGAAACUGCAACAGUGCAUCAGCACCUGCGGCAGCAGCAGCAGCAGCUGAUACUGCAGCAGCAGCAAAUGCUGCAGCGACAACCUCACUGGGCAGGGCCCACCACAACCCCUCUACAUACUGGAACUGAAGCAGCACCUCCACUGCCUUCCGCCCAGCAGGUGUAUCUCCACCGUACCGCUGCUGCACCGCUUGUGCUGUCGCCAUUUAACGGCUCGGCCGCCUCUCCCACACGGCAGCAGCAGCAGCUGUACUCGCAGCACCAGCAGCCCUUGUCAUACCUUUUGGUUCCUUCUGGUGCAGCGGCACUUGCUGCUGCGACGCCUGCAGCUUCAUCUCUUGUUGGCCUCGGGUCCAAGCAUCAACUCAGCAGCGGCCACCCGCAUAUCGGCGGGCAGCAGCAGAAUAUGCUGCAGCAACAGAUACAGCAGCAGGUGCAACAGCUUCAACUCGAACCACGCCAACGAGAAAACCAGGAUCCAGCCGGUGUUGAGGCAGUUGCGCUUCAGGAGUCGGAUUCACGAGCAGCAGCAGUAAAAGCGGCAGCGGGAGCACCGCCAGCUACUGCAGCGGAGGGAGAGCCGUCGCUUCUGGCUGGGUUUGUAGGGGGAGACAACAAGCAAAUAGCAGGAUAUAAAACCGAUGUGUCUGCAACAGUUACAGGUUCACUUCCUCUCGAAGAUGAGCACGAUGGUGGUAGGUAUGCUUCUGCAGCCAGCUGGGAGCCUCGGACAGCAGCAGCUGCCGCAACAGGAAUCGCAGCGGCACCCGCAACAGCUACAGAAGCCGCCGCCGCUGGUUCUACGAAAGAAAUCCGGUGGGUGGCAUCAACAAUGGGUGAAGCUCUGGAAUUCGCUGGGGCGGAAUUAGAACAGACACAAACGCAGGAAGGUCCGAAGGAAUCAGGUGAUGGAGCUGGCGAAAGCAGCGCCUACUCAUGGGGUGAAGAGGACAACGACAAGAAGCCUGGGACUGCGAGAAACCCAGAGGAGUCUAAGGAGUUACUCGAAUUUGAAGCCGAGACAGAAGAGGUGCACUUAGCUGGCGGACACCAGACAGAAACAGGAAACGAAACGCAGGACACUGCGGAUGAAGGAGUGGCGCUGGGAUUACGAGCAGGAGAUAGCUCAGACGGGAAGAGAAACGAAGAGGAUGCGGCCGGCAGUGAAGACGAAGAUAAAGAUAGUGGUGAAGGUGAAGACGACGAGAUACUCCAACUCCUUCCUAGCAGCAGCAGCAGUACCAGCAUAGACAGCACUACAAAUGGGCAUUCGCAUCAAGUGCACUGGUUGGACGGCGAUAUUCCAAGGCUCGAAGCAGACCUCCAACGUGGCAAUACAGCAGAGACUAGAAGGCCGCUGCACGAUGAACAUGAGUGGGAGUAUGAGCAACAGCAUCAGCAGCAGCAAAAGCUCAACCUGGCGAAGGCAAACUCAAGCAGCAGCCUGAAGAUCGCUCUCAACCCUGAAGCGCUGACUGCGUCUGGUGCUGAUACCCCUCUUGCUUCGCCAGUUUCGGACGUGGAGUCUCCUGCUGCUGUUGGUCCCAUAGCUGCAACACUUCCGGGCUCGUCACUUUCUCACAGUCCCGUAGUAGAUGCUUCCACGCAGGUCACAGGCCAAGAUGUGGGCACGCGGGUGCUGCUGCACCCUAGUGGGGAUCAGACAUUGCUUCUGCUGCAGCAGCCGUUGCAGCAUCAUCUGCCGCAACCGAAUCAACAACAGGUACUGCAGCAGCUGCAGCAGCCGCUGCAGCACCCACUGCAACAGUCGCUGCAGCCGCUGCCUCAACCUCCGCCGCAGCCGCUGCAACCACCCCUGCAGCAGCAGCUAGGAGAAGCCAGGUCUUUGCUGACCCCGCAAGAGGUGAUCAAGCAGCAGCAACUGCAACUGCAACAGCAACACGCAAUGGUGCAGCAGCUGCAGCAGCAAGUUGCAAUGCAGCAAGACCUGCUGCUACGGGCUCAGGAACAGCAGCUGCAACAAACUCAGCACCAGCGCAUGCAGCAACAACAACAACAGCUCCUCCAUAUGCAGCUAGCCCAUGUCAGCGAGAAACAACAGGUGCAGGGAGCUUUGUUGCAGCAUCAUCUCCACCAGCUGCAACAGCAGCAGUUGCACCAACAGAAGCUCAGGCAGCUGCAGCAGCAGCAGCCUUCACAGUCACGAACGCAGGUGCUAUAG